AAAUAUCGGACACUAGAUCUGAAAAACCUUAAUUUUCGGUUUCUUCAUAAUUUCUUCACUAUUAAGCAAAACAGUCGAUUCAAUUCAACUCAACUCAAAUCAGUUUCUAUUAUUUUUUAGUUUAAUUAUUGGGGUUUUCGUGCUUUGCUUAGCGUCUAGGGUUUCCUCUUUCUAUAUUUUAAGGCUUUCUCCAUAUUCGGUUUCAGUAUCUCUCUUCAAUAUUCGGGGUUUGAGAAGAAUUUGGUGCAAGAUUUAACCUGUAAUUAAUGAGGUCUGGCACCGGCAUUGGCACUGUGAGAAGGCGGCUUCAUCACAGCGAUGUUGGCGGUAUAAGGAACGAAAAUUAUGAGACGUCCGGAUUAGAUGGUUUAGAUGAACCUUUGUUAGGGAAACGUGAUUAUGAUGACAAACAUUCUGAGGGGAAGGUGAUGGAGGAAAUUUGGGAUGAUGAGAGAAAGAAGGAACAGUUACAUUGGACGCUUUUGUUCUCAAACUUGAUCGCGCAAUGGGCGCAAUGGAUAGCAAACCUUGUCUUUGGAUCUGGAUCAUUUAUUGUACGACAUUUACCUCUACUUUCUAACACCAAAAAUAGAUCAAACCCGAAAUUUAUCGUGCCUACUCUUAGCCCUUUACAGGAAGAAAGGUUGAGAAAUCUACAGCAAAGACUGGGAGUCCCGUUUGAUGGAUCUCGGGUGGAUCAUCAAGAUGCUCUUAAGCUGUUAUGGAGAUUGGCUUAUCCUAACAGGGAGCUUCCACCUCUUAAAUCAGAGCUUUGGAAGGACAUGGGUUGGCAAGGGCCAGAUCCUUCCACAGAUUUUCGGGGUGGGGGGUUCAUAUCAUUGGAGAAUCUCAUAUUUUUUGCCAAGAAAUAUCCGGAAUCUUUUCAAAGGUUGUUGCACAAACAAGAUGGAAACCGAGCUGAUUGGGAAUAUCCAUUUGCUGUAGCUGGUAUCAACAUUUCAUUUAUGUUAACACAGAUGUUGGAUCUGCAAUCAGGAAAACCAUCUUCCCUGGCUGGAAUUCGAUUCUUAAAACUACUGGGGGAAGACGAAAUGGCAUUCGAUGAUCUUUAUUGUGUAGCCUUUCAGAUGAUGGAUGCACAAUGGCUUGUGAAACGGGCUUCGUACAUGGAAUUCAACGAUGUUCUGAAAUCUACAAGAACACAAUUAGAACGAGAGCUCUCACUAGAAGAUGUCUCCAGUGUGAAAGAUUUACCGGCCUACAAUCUCCUGAGAAGGUGACCACAGUCUUGCCUUCGAAAAAUGGAUGUGUUUCAUCAUUCAAACAAUAUUUGUCAUACAUAAUUGCUUUGUAGAUGCGUAAUAAAGCGAAGAAAAUUAUACAUUCAUUGUAGAAACGGAAUAUAGUUCAUGGAAAGAGUGUGAGAAUUCUGCUUUUAGAUAUACAUAAUGUUGACUUAGGAAGGGAGAUUUGUAUAUCAGAAAUCAAGCUUCAAGCUUCAACCAUAAUACUUAUGGCCAUUACCUGCGUCACCCCAACCCUAAAAAUGUUGAUUUUCUGUUUAUUUAGUCUAAUUUCUUCAUGAUAUGGAUUUUCUAGCUCUUAA